GCAGGACCGCAGCUGGCCCCGUUCUGGCCGCCGCCGCCGCCGCCGCCGCCGCCGCCGCUUUGAGGCGGAGUAGGAUGAGGCCCGCGGCCGCGGCUCCGGCGUCGGCAGGGGUAGCAGCAGCUGAGGCAGCAGCUGAGGCAGCCGCGACGGCCGCGCCCCCCCCUCCUGACCUGGAUUAGGCCCAACAGCUCCGUGGCCGCCGCCGCCCCGCGGGGGGGCGGGGUGGGGAAGUGCUUCGUCUCCCCGCCCCCCCCCCCAUUGCCGCCUCGCAAGAGGCAACCGCCGCGACCCCAGCGGAGCCCGCGGCCCAGCCUUGAGCCCCCAAGUCCGGGGGCUGGCAUGAGCGGCCCUUCGGCGGCGCCGGGGGGCGGGGGAGCCGCCGCCGCUUGAGCCCCGGCCUGCUGUCCGACCCCACCUCGCUGACCGAGGCUGACCGCGAGCGUGCGAACGACCCCGUCACUGCUUUCUUCCUCCCCCAGAUCACACAUCCUAGCCCCGGAAGAUGGGGAACUGCCUCAAAUCCCCCACUUCGGAUGACAUCUCCCUGCUUCACGAGUCUCAGUCCGACCGGGCUAGUUUUGGCGAGGGGACGGAGCCGGAACAGGAGCCGCCGCCGCCAUAUCAGGAACAAGUUCCAGUUCCGGUCUAUCAUCCAACACCUAGCCAGACUCGCCUAGCAACUCAGCUGACUGAAGAGGAACAAAUUAGGAUAGCUCAAAGAAUAGGCCUUAUACAACAUCUGCCUAAAGGAGUUUAUGACCCUGGAAGGGAUGGAUCAGAAAAAAAGAUCCGGGAGUGUGUUAUCUGUAUGAUGGACUUUGUUUAUGGGGACCCGAUUCGAUUUCUGCCGUGCAUGCACAUCUAUCACCUGGACUGUAUAGAUGACUGGUUGAUGAGAUCCUUCACGUGCCCCUCUUGCAUGGAGCCAGUUGAUGCAGCACUGCUUUCGUCCUACGAGACUAAUUGAGCCAGGGUCUCUGGUCUGACUACAAGUGAACCAUCAUUUUUGGUGGUUUUGAUCUUUUGUCACUGAGCCCAAAGAGCCAGGGAUUAGGAAUUAAGAUCAUGCACAAAAGUUUCCUAAAAAUUCCUGAAUGGCUGCAGAUGUUGGGGAAAAAAUACGUGAUAUUUUAGAAACUUAGGGGGAAAAGUAGGAUGGUAUUUUUAUGUAAAGCCUUGACCCAGUGUUUAAAAAUAUAAUUGUAUUUAGAUCUUGUUAUGCUCCAGUACAUAGGAAUUGUGUAAAGUGUUACAGCAGCUGUAUAUGUUUAAAUUGUGUGUGUUGAAGAUUAGGAAAAAGAUAGUGGUUGUUUUUCCUAAAUGAAAUAACUCUUUUACCCCCCACCCAAAUUCUUUUCUGAAGUUGCUGGCAUUUGGGUCAAGGUUUUAUUAAAAGCUACAUUUUAUAACACUGGCACAAAAAAAGUAGUUUUAAGCUUGUUUGCACAGUUCUUUUUUUCCAUUGGAAAUGGAAUUCAUUGCCUUAGGUCUUUUUAAAUACUGUAUUAUCGUUGGGGCUGGCUCUAUGCUUGAAAACCAGUUUAUUUAUAACCUGUUAUAAGUGCUAUAUCUGUUUGCAGUUAGGAAAUGCAGAAUUCAAAGUGAUCUCCUAGCUUGUAAGCAAACUGAGAUGCACUAUCCCUUUUCUAUAAAAACUGAGUUAAUGUCAAAAAACAACUCUAGUAAAGUGGGGUUUACUAUUACCCUUUCCCAUGUGUUUUAUCUAAUUAUUUUGGUUGUUAAUAUGGUAAUAAUUAAAAGUCAAGGUAAAUUUUAAAUACUAAGAUUUCUGAUUUAUUGAGC